CCAGCAGGGUGGAGUAACGAGGUUUUCAGACAAACUUUCAUUCAACGCUAGUUUCCUGGUCUGUUGGUGGUUUCCCACACAGAGGAGACACGGACACUUUACAAGUUACCUGUCAGCAUUAUGGAAUCUCUGAGUUGCAGAUGGUACCUUCAGCUUGUCUGCAUGCUGAUCUUUGCUUUGGCACGUGCCAAGCCAGGGUUUUUAAAAAGUAACCAAGCAGGAGGAAGCAAUGACCCAGGAAGCUUGGGUGAGAUCGAUCCACAGUGUUGGGAUUCCUCAUCUCUUGCCCUUGUUGAAGUGAAGAAACUCAGAGUAGCAGAUUCUGUCAAUGGUCUUUGGGACUUCAUGAUCUUCCUGAAGAUGUCUGAGUAUCCGAAGCAUAAUGCCCUCUUCAAUGACCUGGCCCAGCUCUUCUGGGAUAUCUAUGUGGAUUGUGUUCUAUCAAGGUCCCAUGGACUUGGCAGGCGAUACAUUGUGUCAAAGAAAUAUACACAGAAUUUUACAGAAAAUUCAAAAGGUUUUACUGGGAAACAUAUGGUCGGAAUACUGAAAAAAACACAUAUGAAAUAAAAAUGAGUAAAAAUAUACUUUCUUUAAGGAUGACUGUCUGCUUCAAAAAUAGGGGACAGUAGACUAGACACCUUACCUUUUCAUUAAAGUAGUCCUGAGGUGGUACUGCAUACCAUUAAUAUCAAGGGAGCAGUGAAUACCAGUAUUAAAAGCAUUACUUAUUUUUUCAAUAAUAAAUAAUACAAAAAUGCAAACUUAUUCUGCCCUUUCAGUUCAGCUUUAUUAAAAACCACAUAUUUUGUAUACUUAUAGGCAGACAUAAUUUCUCAGGAAACCUGCCAAAGUUGAAACUAGACUAUUCCAGCAGUAUUAUUUGCAGACAGACACCCUUGUAAUUCGACUAUUGUAAUGUAGCUCCUACAUAUUUUGUAUACAUGUAUUACAAGUAAAAAUUUAUAUUUUGUUAAUGAGGUAAGCAUUUUCAUCUGUCAUUUUUGAUGUUUUCAAAGACAGUACCAUGUAAAUGCAGUGAGACUACAUCAGUACUUUUUAUUUUAUUAAUAAAAUGUUCUAUGCAAGACAAAAGCUAUUUAAAGUAUCACACAAGUUAAAAAGUAUAUGUUCACAUUUUCCAAGAAUAUUAAAAAUAUCUGACUACAAGCUGGAACAAUUUACUACUUUACCCAUAAACAAUGUGAUAUUAGCCAUUUUCGAUCAGAUUUAGUGUUAAUUCUGCAUUUGUUCUGCAUGUUUAAUCCUGUGUAAAAGAUUACUGUGGUUUACCAUGGUAAAUGCAGAGCAAAGCAUAGUAAAAG